UCCACUCCUGACACCAUGUGUUACUAUGGUGGAUACUAUGGAAGCCUGGGCUAUGGCUAUGGUGGCCUAGGCUAUGGCUAUGGUGGCUAUGGUGGCUAUGGAUGUGGCUAUGGUGGCUAUGGUGGCUAUGGUUAUGGCUGCUGCCGCCCACUGUGCUGUAGAAGGUACUGGUCCUAUGGUUUCUACUGAGGAGUUUCUGCAGCUGCCCAGAAUGUUGGCUGUCAC